GGGAGGGUUGAUCCCUUGAAUAGAAGUGGGUGUAAUCUGGGUAAAACCAGAGCAGUUCGGAGGCAAUGCAGGCUUCGGCGACCACCUUACAGUCCAGUCUGUUGAACAAUAUCUCUUUCAAGAGCUUUAAGCUCAAGACCAAGCAGCAGGAGCUGCUGAUUCGGGUUACGAUUCUAUGCCUCGUCUAUGUCUUGGCUUUCAUCACUCGCCUUUUCAGUGUUCUGCGUUACGAGUCUAUGAUCCAUGAAUUUGAUCCGUACUUCAAUUACCGGACUACUCUCUUCUUGACACAGAAAGGUUUUUAUGAAUUCUGGAACUGGUUUGACUCUGAGAGUUGGUAUCCACUUGGACGGAUCAUCGGAGGCACUCUCUACCCUGGUCUCAUGGUUACGGCCGCUAUUUACUGGGUUUUGCGGUUUUUGAGGUUUGCUGUUCACAUCCGAGAGGUCUGUGUGUUGACAGCUCCAUUUUUCGCAUCGAAUACUACAUUGGUCGCUUAUUUCUUUGGUAAAGAGAUUUGGGAUUCAGGUGCUGGUCUCGUUGCUGCGGCAUUGAUUGCCAUUUGUCCUGGUUAUAUUUCAAGGUCCGUGGCUGGAUCAUAUGAUAAUGAGGGUGUUGCGAUUUUCGCCUUGUUGUUAACAUUUUACCUGUUCGUGAAGGCUGUGAACACUGGGUCUCUUGCAUGGUCUUUGGCUUCGGCUUUUGGUUACUUCUACAUGGUAUCGGCUUGGGGUGGUUAUGUGUUUAUAAUUAACUUGAUCCCACUUUAUGUGAUGGCUCUUUUGAUCACGGGAAGGUAUUCGAUGAGGCUGUAUAUCGCCUAUAAUUGCAUGUAUGUGCUGGGAAUGCUGCUUGCAAUGCAGAUCCGAUUUGUGGGAUUUCAGCACGUGCAGUCUGGAGAACAUAUGGCUGCCAUGGGCGUGUUCUUCUUGCUGCAGGUAUUUUACUUUUUGGAUUGGGUAAGAUAUUUGCUUAGUGACACAAAAUUGUUUCAAGCUUUCUUGAGGAUCACUGUAGCUUGUGCAGUUAGUGUUGGUGCUAUUGCUUUGGGAAUAGGCACUGCAUCUGGUUAUAUUUCUCCAUGGACAGGCAGGUUCUACUCGUUGCUUGAUCCAACAUAUGCUAAGGACCAUAUUCCAAUCAUUGCAUCAGUCUCUGAGCAUCAGCCAACUGCGUGGUCAUCUUUCAUGUUUGAUUUCCAUAUCUUGCUAUUUCUAUUCCCUGCUGGGCUCUAUUUUUGCUUCAAGAGGUUGUCAGAUGCCACAAUAUUUAUAGUUAUGUAUGGUCUUACUAGCAUGUAUUUUGCUGGUGUUAUGGUCCGAUUGAUUCUUGUUGCUACGCCUGCAGUAUGCGUCAUUAGUGCUAUUGCAGUGUCAGCCACUGUAAAAAACUUGACUCAGCUGGUGAGGGGCAAAAACAAAACUUUCCAAGGUGGUUCUACCAAAGGAACUAGUGCUACUAAAGGUUCAUCCAAGGGUGUAGUUGAUCAUUCCCAGCCUUUCCAAAGAAAUGGUGCUAUUGUGUUACUUCUUGGUGCUUUCUAUCUACUCAGUAGAUAUGCCACUCACUGUACCUGGGUCACAUCAGAGGCUUAUUCAUCUCCAUCAAUUGUCUUGGCUGCAAGGGGGGCUCGUGGCAAUAGGGUCAUCUUCGAUGAUUAUCGUGAAGCUUACUUUUGGCUGCGCCAGAAUACUCCACCAGAUGCUAAGGUGAUGUCAUGGUGGGAUUAUGGUUACCAGAUUACUGCCAUGGGAAAUAGAACUGUUAUUGUUGACAAUAACACAUGGAACAAUACACACAUAGCAACUGUUGGGCGUGCAAUGUCUUCUUAUGAGGAUGAGGCUUAUGAGAUUAUGAGAUCGCUCAACGCGGAUUAUGUGUUAGUUGUCUUCGGUGGUGUUACUGGGUAUUCUUCUGAUGAUAUUAACAAAUUUCUGUGGAUGGUAAGAAUUGGUGGUGGAGUUUUUCCUGUAAUAAAGGAGCCUGAUUACCUUGUUAAUGGAGAAUAUCGGGUAGAUAAAGGUGCAGCCCCCAAGAUGCUGAACUGUCUCAUGUAUAAAGCUCUGUUACUAUCGGUUUGGCGAGAUGACAACAGAAUAUGGAAAGCCACCUGGGUAUGACCGAGCUAGAGGAGUUGAAAUUGGAAACAAAGACAUCAAACUUGAGUACUUGGAAGAGGCAUUCACCACACAGAAU